AUGGAAAGUCUCGGAGUAAUAGAGCGAGUUCAACAGCCAACGGAAUGGGUAAAUAGUUUAGUAACUGUCGUAAAACCCAAUGGAAAAAUACGAUUGUGUAUUGACCCGAAAGACUUAAAUCGCGCAAUUAAACGUGAACAGUAUCCUAUGAAAACUAUAGAAGAAGUUAUCUCGCGAAUGCCGAAUGCCAAAUUCUUCUCGAAGCUUGAUGCUACCCAAGGCUACUGGCAAGUACAACUUGAUGACGAAAGUGCAACGAAAUGCACAUUUAAUACACCGUUUGGUCGAUACCGUUUUCAUCGUCUUCCAUUCGGAAUUUCGUCUGCACCGGAAGUGUUUCAGCGUAUUAUGUCUCAAAUUUUUGAUGGCAAUGAAGGAAUCGAAGUUAUUGUCGAUGAUUUAUUAAUAUGGGGUGAAACUCGAGAACAACACGAUGAACGUUUGAAACAAGCAUUAGAAAGAGCUCGCGAAGCUGGAGUGAAACUUAACAAGGAUAAAUGUGAAAUUGGACUACAACAAGUAACUUAUAUUGGACAUACGUUGAGUUCAAAUGGAUUAAAACCGGAUGUGAACAAAGUCGAAGCUAUCAAAACAAUGGAUACACCGACAGAUAAGGCAGCAGUCCAGAGAUUUCUUGGGAUGGCAACGUACCUUGCUAAAUUUAUCCCAAAGUUCUCACAAUUAGCUGCUCCCCUGCGACUGCUACUUGAAAAGAACACGGCAUGGCACUGGGAUGUGCAGCAACAAAACAGUUUCGAAGGAUUAAAGCAAACAAUAACAAAUGCACCUGUUUUGAAAUAUUAUGAUGUAAACAAACAUGUAACUAUUCAAGUUGAUGCUAGCCCUGAUGGGUUAGGAGCUGUCCUUUUACAGGACGAGCGCCCAGUCGCAUAUGCAUCACGGUCAUUAACACAAACACAACGAAACUAUGCGCAGAUAGAAAAAGAGAUGUUAGCUAUCACAUUCGGUUGCGAGCGAUUUCAUGACUAUAUUUUUGGAAAGAAAUCAGUUACGGUACACACAGACCAUAAACCUUUAGAGUUUAUUUUUAAGAAGCCCCUUUAUCAUGCGCCACUAAGGCUCCAAAGAAUGAUUUUGAGAACACAAAAAUAUUCCAUAAAUGUCCAGUAUAAACCAGGAAAAGAGCUGCUCAUUGCAGACACCCUAUCCAGGGCCUGCCAGCAAAGCAACAACAGCAUUAAUGAGCUGACAAGGGAUUUCGAAGUGAAUGUUAUAGACUUUCUACCAAUGUAGAGAAAGUUCAACAACUUCAGUCAGCAACGGAGGUUGAUCAAGAUUUGAAAGAACUGAAUAGCUGUAUCAAAGAAGGCUGGCCAACAGACAAAUCCAAAGUACCAGAAGGUGCAAAACCAUACUGGAACUAUCGAGACCAAAUAAUCGAACAAGCAGGACUAUUGUUCAAAGGAAAUAAAGUCAUUGUUCCACGUGUGCUACGGUCAGAAACGCUCAAGAUAAUACACAAUGCUCAUCUUGGCAUUGAAAAAUGCAAACGGAGAGCGCGGGACAUAUUAUUUUGGCCUGGUAUGAAUGCCGAGAUAGAAGACCUUGUCAAGAAAUGCCAAGUUUGCCAAGUCCACCAGGUAAGAAACACGAGAGAACCCCUUCAUCCCCUAGACAGUCCUUCAAGACCUUGGGAAAUAGUUGCAACAGAUCUAUUUGAGCUGGAUGGAUCUUCAUAUCUGAUUCUUGUUGAUUCCUAUUCUGGGUUUUUUGAAAUUGCUCAACUGACUGGAACUAAAAGUUCCUCUGUGAUAACCCAUUGCAAGUCCCAAUUUGCCCGUCAUGGUAUACCGGAUACAUUAAUAUCAGAUAACGGCCCACAGUUUGCCAGCCAUGAAUUCGCCACAUUUGCACAAGAGUAUGGAUUUCAACAUACUACAUCAAGUCCCCAUUUUCCACAAUCCAAUGGGUUAGCCGAAAGAUAUGUACAAACAGCCAAGAACCUCUUAAAGAAAGCAAAGCAAGCAGGCACUGACCCCUAUCUCGCCCUGUUAGCAUAUCGCAACACCCCAGUUAAUGAAAAAUUGGGAUCCCCAACCCAGAGAUUAUUUGGUAGAAGAACAAAAAACCACCUUACCCACUUCGACCACACUAUUAGAACCAAAGAUAAUUGAACCCAAAAUAGUCAAAGAAACCCUCCAUAAGAACAAAGAAAAACAAAAACAGUACUUUGACCAUCACACUAAAGAGCUUUCAGUCCUUCAACCAGGUGCUAAUGUUCGGUAUGAGACUAACACUGGACUAAAAGCAGCAGUAGUGAUUGAAAAGAGAAAAGAGCCCAGAUCGUACAUGAUCCGUACAUCUAAUGGGUUCGUAUUGCGAAGAAACCGGAAACAUCUAUAUGAAUCUACUGGCAUGAACAGAUUGGAGAACUGUGAUCUAGAUGAUGACAACAUCACCGAGUACCAACCUCCACACCAAAUACCAAUUGCCGUGGGUAGGCAGCAAAAUGGGUUAGAACCUGGACAAGCACCACAACCACCACAAUUGUACACAACUCGAAGCGGUCAUGCUAGUCGUAAACCAGAAAGAUUUCAAGCCAACUAA